AUGGCGGACGCUGUAGCUGAUGACGAUGUUACUUUACCAAGAGGUAAUGUGAAAAUGUUCUUUCUUUUUUAUACCUUUUCAGCACUCUAACUUCUUUGGAUCGUACAAAAGAUCUCUCUUGCUUUUUUUUGUAUAUUUUAUGGUAAAAAGGGGUUUGUUUGUCCGUUUUUGCCGAAAUUUUGUGUUAAUUUCAACUAAGCUUACUUUGUUUCUAUAAAUCCUUUGAAUUAUAAGUAAUAAGCACAUAUAGUUUGACCUUUUUAUGUUACAGCUAAGUCACAUCCAAAAAAUUAAUUCAGAUCCACUGCGCCACGCAGCCACUGAAUAAUUGUUAUGCUAAAAUUAUUAUGCUUAAACAAGAAAAAACCGAAUGUUCAAAACAAAACUUCAAUAAUUAUUUAUUAAAACGAACAAUAACAGAAACUGUAACAGUAACAAAUACAAAUGUAUACGGCAAAUGUUCAGUGAGGGAAUUUUAAUCUAUUUCUACACUGAUCGCUUUGACAGUGUUACUUACAUCAAUACCGUAAAUAAAGGCUUUCUGGUGUGGUAUCUUCGACAUUCAAUUCGAAGGGGGCGAUUUAUCGAGGGAAGACGAUUAUUUCAAAUAUCGCUCACUGGAAGUCAUGCCCUAAAUAUUUUGUUUUAUUAUCCCACUGGAUAAAAAAAUUAUCACAUCAAAUAAACUGAACAUUAUAAUAUUUAAUAUUAUGCUUAAAGCAUUUCUCUCUGCCGUGAAUGCUGUUUGAAGUUGGUGGAACUGAAUUUAUCAUGAAUUCAAAGAUACAUGUGAAGAAAAUUAGCUAAAAGAUGUGUUUUAAAGCUAUUUUGUAUUAUUUUGGUCUUAAUUCACUCUCGCAUUUAAUAGCGUGUGGAAGUACGGAGCUGAAACUAGUCUUUGAUUUGAUCAAUCUGUCACAUCGAUCAUCGGGAAAGAAUCAAUUCAUUGUUGGUUUGCCUUGGUGUAGCACAAAUUCAAAGGUACAGAUUUUAGGGAAAAGCAAGGUUUGGACGGUAAGAAGCACAAGUGAAAUGCACUUUUCAAUAAAACAUGAUAGUGCCCCACAGCAUUUGCAUUCGCACUUAAUCUAGCAUUGCCUGGCAACCCAAAAAUACACCCUGAUGUCUCAACUGGAUGAUAUCAGCUGCAGACACCCAAGAGAUCUAUAGAAAUAUUCCCAAUAGAGUUUCUGCCUCACUGUUCAAUCAACGCGCAAGAUGCAUCUUAAAAUCUUUAAUACAGGGAUGCAGUUGUUAUCAAAAGAAUUGUAACGAAAAAAAUUAAUGCUUAUCAUUGAAAUUAAUGACUUAAAGCUGUUGUUACAUUUACUGUACAGAUCGGAGAUAUUUUUCCUCUUUUUAAUUUUCUUCUUUUGUAUUUAUACAUGUAUCAUUUUUCGCAUUUUCCUUUGGCUUUACUUGUCUGCGUUUUGGGAUUUCAAAGUGUCACUGUUGGCCAUAUUAACACUGUGAUCAGGGUUUUUCUUCUUGCAUGGGCAUUUUAAUGGGACAAGUAUUUGUAUUAUAAAUUAUCGUCAGUGAGAAGUAUCUACUGGCAGUAUUUUAAAGCACUCAUUUUAAAUUAACCCCCUAAAUCCUAACAGUGGUAAGCAUCAAAUUUCUCCUUUUAAUACCAACACUUUAUAAAACUGAGUAGUCAUGAGAAUAUUAUUAUGGACAUGAUCACACAAGAUGAAUUUGCAAGAUAUUCUAUCAACUUCUCCCCACUACUUCUGUAGGAAAUGAGUAGGGGCAACAUAUGAGUAUUCAAAUUUUGAUCUUAUGGUUUAUAGCCCAGGUUAACAGUAAUAAUGUGUAUGUUCCAUUACUUUAUUAAGCUGCUGUCAACAAGAUGAUCAAGGAAAUGAUUCCCAAUGUCCGAGUGUCCAAUGAUGCACGUGAACUUAUUCUAAACUGUUGCACAGGUGGGUACCCGAGUAGCAGCUCUUUCACUCUUGGACAUAUUUACAAUAAUAUCAGCGACGGCGAAGUUCAUAUCGUUGAAUAGUCUCCGCUACGAAGUUGCCUUGAAGUCAUUUCUUACCGUCAAAAUCGUCAAUGGUAAGAUAUUCUUGCAUUUCAAAAAGUUCUUACUCUGAAACUUUGGCAAAACACCCAGUUCACGAUAGUGAUUUUGUUCUGCUUUAUACUCAUUGCUUAGUGUGGUGAAUUUAACAUCAUAGUCCGAGACAGUGAACCAGUCAGUGAAACAGAAAUAGCAAAAAAUUCCAACUCUGGUUAAAUCUUUUCUUAUGGUUGAGAAUAAAAUAUUUUUGAAACUGAGAAUGUUUUCAGAUCGAAGCUGUGUAAAUCGAACUAAAACAGUGCAUGGAACCUUGCAUUUCCUGUUUUUACUCUCACCUAUUGUAUGGAAUAUAUGUGAAAAUCUUCAUUAUGAAUCAGUAUAUUCCAAAGAGCCAGUGACGGCUUAGUCACAACGGCCGAGAAUACUAUUGACUGACAAUAUACAGAGCAGGGGCAGCUGUAGUGUCAACUAUUAUUAGGAUAAUAAGAAUAAACUUUAAAAUAAUAUUAUAUAGUAUACCUGCCAACUUUGUUUGAUUUAUAGGCGUAACAUUUUUAUCCUGACAGUGCCAGGAUUUUUCAUACAGUUCCGAUAAUAUCCGAAGAUCUCUUAAGACGGUUCAAAGAUACUCCGAAGAGUUUCAUCUAACACGAACACAGGAACUUGAAGAGUCACAUGAUUUCUUCUCCAGUGGCUUUGGCUACUAAAAAUUAAUAGGACAAUUCUGAGAAAGUCAUUCAUUCAUGUGGACUAAAGUCCAUUUCUUUUCUAAAUUAAUAUUGGUUCCAGUUUCUUUGAAUAAUUAAUAUAUUUUAAAAUGAGACAGUUAAUGCUGUAAAGGCUCAAGAGUUUUUACCAGGCAUGAGAAAUUAGAAAACAUGCUUGAGUAGGUGUGAGAUCGAAGUUUUCGAUCCACAGGCAUGACAAUCAUGCCUUAGGCUUGGCACUUGGCAGGUAUAUUAUAGCACUGAGUGCAUGUUAGUGAUAUGGUUCAUUUCUGAUUGUCCCUUAUAGAGUUCAUUCAUCUAGUGUCAUCAGAGGCAAAUGAGAUCUGCAAUCGUCAACUAAAGAAGACAAUUCUCCCUGAACAUGUAUUCCAAGCUUUACAGGUAACGUUUAUUGAUUAUAAUAAAGUUGUCAACUACCAAUAAUCUCCUAAGUUUCAUUGUUCAUUGCCACUUAGCAUAUAAUUUUCAUAAAUAUUGUCAGCUUUAUUUUAUUUCAAACUUGGCUUUGGGGAGCAUUUGUUAAGUUAUGAUUUCCAAUUUACGUGAACAUCAAAGAUGUAGCUAUUUGAAGAGGUAUCCACCGGCUGAAACAGAGCAUACAUGUAUGUAUGUACUACAGGCUUGAUUUGGGUUUAAGCUAAAAAACAAAGAUAUGGGGUAAUUUUGAAGGUGCAGCUUAGUAGAAAGUUACAGAGCUUUUCCUUAGCUACAUUCUUGGAAUAUUAUGUCCUGCUAUUUCACAAAAUCAAUAGUGUACAAUUGGUAAAAAAGAUUUUAAUUAUGUGCUGAAAAAUUAAUGUGCCCUACCAAGUGAACAGAAAAAUGUUUGCCAACCUGUUGUCAGUCUAGCUAAGUACAAUGUAAGUACAUUGCAACUGCCUGAUUGUUGAAUAAUACAUCUUUCCUGUGUUUGAUAUUAAAAGGUUAUGAUAUUGUGAUGGAAAUAACUUAAAAUUAUAUUUUACUUGCUCCUUUGGUUUGCUCUUUUAGGGACUAGGUUUUCAUUCUUACAUUGAAGAAGUAAGAUCAGUUCUCCAGGAAUGUAAAACACAGGCUGCUGUAAGUACACUAUUGAUAAGAUGGUGAAAAAUUUUAAUGUUAUAAUGAACAAUACGUUUAUUGUACUUAGAAUAAUUUUUGAGCCUCUGGGAAUUGUCCCGUGGUAUGACUUCUCCAACCAAAUAAUAUAACCUUCCACAGAAGGGCAUAACUUUCUCUAGUUGUUAUGGUUAAGUGUAGGUUUACAACAGAACUUCUUCUUAAGGCUUUUUUUGCUCUAAUUAAUUUCUUUUUUCGCAUUCUUUAAUUCAACGGUUGUUCUUACUUGCUUAUUUUUUUAACAGAACAAAAGAAGGGCAAGCACACGGCUAGAGAAUCUGGUAAGAUUUAAUCGUUUUUUAACUCUUCAGUGUUCAAUACAUGUAUAAUGUUAUUAACAGUGCAACAUUUGUUAUUCUUAUUUAUAAACCAUCUGCUUUACCAGUGUUUAAGACAUUAAAUAAUGUCCUGAAAGGUUGUUGCUUCAAUUGGAUUAUAGUCCAUAAUUUCAAAAAUAAUUGCAUCAAUAUCCAUCCCUUUCAAUGUAUAUGUUGCAGUUAUUUUUUUAUUGCAGUUAAUUUUGUAUUUCCUUUGUUUCAAAUUCAUAAGCAUCAUUUUUGAUAUUAUCAAAAAACAAAGGAAAAAUAAAAAUUAACUGAGAUGAAAAAUUAACUAUAACAAAUAGUCUGACAGAUUUACAUUUGGAUCCAAAAAAUUAUGUACUAUGUAAAGUAUCAAACGUGGCAAUGGCUGUUGCAGAAUCAGUGAAAAUUAAAACUAAACUGGCUUGAAAUGUUCAAACUGAAGAAAAAUUUGCACUGCAACAUUUCUACAUAAUUACUAUUGUCUCUCGUAGAUCUUAUUUUUGUUAUACAUGUUGCUGAAGUCUUACUGUAAUAAUUAUUGGUUUUCUGUCAACAGUUCCUCUGUCAAAAAUUAUUUCUUGUUACAAUUGUGGUUUUUGAGGAGGACACAAAACAUUAAAAUUUCAUUGUUAAUUAACAAUAGUAUUGUUGCCUUUCAAGGGUAUUCCAGAAGAAGAACUUUUGCGGCAACAGCAAGAGCUGUUUCAACAGGCACGUCUCCAGCAAGCUCAGGUAAAUCAUACUUACAGUAAUUACAUGUACCUGCAACUAGGAAUCUAAGUCUAAAAAGCUGGUUUAAGAACCUGUUAAGCCCCUUUUAGGCUUGCCAGAUACGGUAAGCUAUACAAUAUCCUUUUUAUCCUAAAAUUUGAAACAGGUUCCUAUUUUCUAAAAUCUAUACAAAAAAUUGGUACAACUGGGCAAAUACGUUAAGUCAAUAUUCUGAAGCCUCUUUAGAGACUUAGAUGCCUUAUCUCUCCAACUGCAAAGUAAUGGUAUGUUAUGCUGGUAUGCAGAUUUGAAAAAAUAAAGAUAAUGCUCUUAUAUAUCUAUAAAUUGUAUUUUUUUUCUUUAAAUUAAAUAACCUAAAUAGCCUAAAUUUUUGCUGAUUAACAUUUAUGUGAUAACCAACUCAGGUUGACUUGGGAAAGUGCAGGUUUUUAGUCAGGGGAUUUUACUGUAUUUACUGUAUUUAUAUACUAAAAUAAUGUAAUAACCCUGCAACAAUCAUUGUAUCUUAAAGUUGCACUUUAUUACAAUGUAUGAAGAAAGGCGUUUACAAAAUGUAGAUACAGCCUCUGAUUGGACAUUUAUUGCAAAUGUAACAUUAUACACUUAAUGUCAGAUCCCGAGGGAAACAGUUUUGUGACAACGGAAAACAAAACUAACUGGUUUCCCGAGGGACCUGGCAUUAAGUGUUUUGUUAUAUUUCUAGACUUUCACUUCAACAGCAACAAAAGAAUAACCUGAGCGAACCAACACAGUCGACUCGGUACUUAUAGCAGCACAAGUUUAAUUCUUAACACCACUUUACAAAGUACUUUCCCUAUAUUAUCUGCAUCUUUUUCAUCCACCAGCAACUGUUUCUCUUCUGGGAUGAAUUUAAAAAUCGUUGUUUUUUUAGCUUGAGGCUUCGUGUUUGUGUUCAAAAAGUCGUGUAAAUUCAUGAAAAAGAAAACUGGCAGUGAUUUUUGCGUCUUCUGUCCACUUCCCACCAUGCUUUGAUCACGUUCUGUAAUGUAGCCUGAGCGGGGGAACAUUGCUUAAUGUAUCACGACCAGGAUACAUUUGAUUUUAGUCAAGGCCACGUGACCAAGAAUCAACCAAUGGCAGUCCCUGUUUAGUUGAGUGAAAGUCUAGGAAUAUAACAAAUACAGUUGUAUACUGUACAACAUUGUCUAAAACGUUGUUUGCGUAAACUUUCAACUGUAUCUAGAUUGUUUCCGGUUGGUUUAAAUUUUAGUGUAGUUGCUUAUUUAAUUGUUGCAAUGUGUUCAAUUUUCCCUUUUCUGUAAAAUUAGGGAUAACCGUCUUUUUUUGGAUUAUAGGCUGAACAAGAGGAAUUUCAGCAAUUUCAACAAGCUCAAGCAGCAGCUUUCCAACAACAACAACAACAACAACAACAACAACAUCAACAACAACAACAGACACUUCAACCCAGCACAUCAACUCUACCUCCUCCAGCAACCCAGUGA